AUGGCUGCCUAUUCUCAGCAGAUCUUGGUCUCUACAGGUUUGGCGGACUGGAAAAGCAAGAUUGAGGAUGAGAAAGAUACUGCUCCUUGGGGCGGAGUGGUAGCCCAGAUAAAGGAAAUGCUUGGACCAAAGGGCCGCUUCCACAAUCCAUACCGCAACGUCAUUGUGAGUACUUCCUCCUUUGGCACUUCAGACAGCCAAGCUCCGAACCCUCCGCAAGCCAUCCUCUUUCCUUCCUUUCAAAUGGUCAGCAACAUUGAGCCCGAGAGCUCCAGUAUCCUGCAAUUCUUGGAAGCUUUCGUGUCGCCGGACGCUUCCGCAGAAAGUUCAAUGGGAAGGGAAGAACGAGAGCGAAACACUCCUGCCGCAGCAAGUUGGUCUGAAAAUAUGCAUCCAAUUUCUACACCCACUAUAUUGAUAUGCAGUCACAAUUCAAGAGACACUCGCUGCGGCAUGCUUGGACCACUAUUACAUUCUGAGUUUGUGCAGUACAUCAAUAAGAGGCAUACACUCCGAAGCCAAGUGACGUCCGACGAUGUAAAGCACAACGGGCAGGAUAAUGAAGCAGUCGUGUCUUUUGCGUCUCAUCCUAUCUUUCGGCCAGAUGCAAUAGACAUCAAGCACGGUGACCAGCAUCCGAUCAAUGUGGGCAUGAUAUCGCAUAUUGGUGGACACAAGUGGGCUGGGAACGUGAUAGUCUACAUACCACCAAAUUACCGACUCGCAGCUUUGGAGCGACGAGCCAGGGGGGCAAAGCCUCGAGACAAGGUGGUGGCUGGACAAACCGAGCCUCUGGCUCUGCCUGCCGAUGAAGCCAUUUCUCCCGAAGAACAGGAGGUAGGUAUGUCUCCCCUCGCCGGGAAGGGUAUCUGGUAUGGCAGAGUUGAGCCGAAACACGUUGAAGGUAUAGUGGAACAGACGAUUGGGCACGGGAAGAUCAUUCGUGAACUCUUUAGAGGUGGCAUUCACCAAGAUGGAUCGACGAUCAGGAUGGACUAA